ACCAUUUACGGUUGAACAUACUGUAACGGCAGGAUUUUCCGAGGAUCCCUGAAGGGAUCAUUUCCCCCGCAUCAACACUGCCAGCUUCCCCGAAGCGUCCGUUCGUCUGUCGCACAGGUGUGUGUGUCGGCUCGUCCUUUUGGUGUCAAAUGCCGAAAACUCUAGAUGAGAAACUAAGUGCCCGAUGACUGGAAAAUGUCCUGGUACUCUUAAAGCGGCCGGGACUGUUUGCGGAACCUGUGGAAAAAAAAAAAAAAAGGGGGGGGGCAGCAGAGCUAACCGGUCGUAACGUUAACAUGUUAGCCCCAGCACGACAGGUGCACCGCGGCGUCGAGAUUUGAGACGUUAGCCUCGUCUUGUGUGGAUAGAGACAGCUCUUACAGCUCCGGAAAUCAGGUGUUUCGGCGUUGUACGAAGGCAAUAUAUACGUACUUAUAUUAUUAAGCUUCUGAAAUGUGAAGAUUUGCUGCUUUUCUUUGUUCCAUUUACAAACUGAACUCUACAGAGAGAAACCUGCAGCCUCCUUUCCCUCUUCCCCUCUACCCUGUUAGGCCCCUCUAUCUCUCCAGUCAUCACUCUCCUCUCCCAGCCUCUCUUUUCUACCUACCUCCAUCUAUUUCUUGAUUUAUUUCACCUUUCACCAUCGUAUAUCUCCACCACUUCCUCAUCCCCCUCACUCUGAUCCAUCCUCAUCUUUCUCAUCACUUUUUGCUUUUCCCCCUGUACAUUCACUCAUCUCCAGGCCAUCUCUCUGGCCUCACAGCCUGAAUACUGACAUGGCCUUGGCCAAGUCAGAGUCCAGUGUCCUGCAAGAGGAGCUCACCUGCCCAGUGUGUCUGGACUUGUACCGCGACCCCUUCUUGUUGCCGUGCGGCCACAACUUCUGCAAGACCUGCCUCGAUCACCUAAAGCAGCAAGCAGAGCGAGGUCGCCUCCGUUGUCCAGAGUGCCGCGACAGCCACCGGUGUAGCACCAACUUUCAGAAAAAUUUCAAACUAGCCAAUAUUGCUGAUGACUACCGUCACCGGCGCAGAGCUAGCACUGCAGCUGCUACAGCUUUAAAAUCCAGACAUUUGCUGUCGUCAUCGCUGGUGGCGCAGCAAGCCAGGAGUGUCUUUGCUGUCCCAUGUGACUACUGCCCCUCAGUUGCCGCCGAGGCAUCACGCAUCAGUGCUGCCGGAGGCGAGUCUGCUGCUGCUUCUGAUUCUCAGGAAGGAAGUGAUAAGCAGGAAGCAGCUGCUGCUGCUGCUGCCACUGCUGCUGCUGUUGUGUCAAUGUUUGCGGUCAAGACGUGCCUAAAGUGCGAAGUGUCUAUGUGCCAGGAGCAUGUGAAGCCACAUCUGGAACUACCGGCGUUCUGCGAGCAUCCACUGACAGAACCGAUAAAUGACUUCUGGAAAAGGAAGUGCCCAGAGCAUGAUGAGAUAUACAGAUACUACUGCAUGGUCGAUAAGGUGUGCGUGUGCAACGCCUGCACCAUAGAAGGAGAGCACUCAGGACACACAAUGAAGACCCUGAAAAACACAAUGAAGGAUCUCAAGGGCACGCUGGAUAAGCAGCUGUACAAGGUUGAAAGGAAGUACAGCAUGGCAGAGAAAAAACUCCAGGAGCAGAAGGAGAAGGAGAGACAGAAUAAGAAGUUUAUGGAUGACUCUGAGCAGUGCUUGACCAGACUGGGUGAAGAGAUGAAGGCCAGAGUACUCAGCUUUGUCAACAGACUGCGAGAAUGCACACGCACUCACUGCGACACCAACGGGCCGGCAAUUCAGAAGAACAUAUCCAGGAUCUGCCAGGACCAGGCCCGUCUCCAGGAGGCUCGCUGUGGCAUCGAAAGCCUCAUGCAGGAGAACGACCCUUUCCGCUUCAUCGAGGCAUACAAGACAACAGGAAAACAGUGCCGUAGGAAGCUAAGAAAAAUCAUGUUCUACCCAGAAUACGUCGACAUGGAGACAGAGGUUCUUGUAGCAAUGAUGGAAGAAGAAAUGAGAAAAUUUCUUGAUGAGGAACUACCAUGCCACAUUGUUGCUGCCAUUAAUUCCCUGUGUCAUCUUUCAGAUCUCGAGGAGGAGGAGGAGCAGGAGGAGAAUGAGGAAGAGGCUGCGGAGGAGGACGAUGACGAUGACCUCGACGACACCAGCGAGGAAGAAAUGAGGAGUGAGGGAGAGGAGGAGGAAGACGAGGAAGAUGAGGAAGAACAUGACCAGAUUGAGUUGGCUGAUGAACUUUACAGCCCAGAGGAGGAGGAGGAGGAGGACGAGGAAGAGGAGGAGGAGGAGGAGGAAGAGGAAGAGAGUGGAGAGGAAGAAGUUGACGAAGACGAGGAUGAGGAAGAGAGAGGAGUUUAACCGAGGACACAAUUUGUUUACAUAUAUUUUUACACCUUUUGAAGCACUUUGAAUUUGAUCCUUAACUGGGAGAGGGCAACAGAUGUUACGAUUGGACAUCUGAUUCAGUGUUGCAACCAUCUUCUCUUUGAAUGUCCCACAUACAGUACAAGACUCGAGCAGCUGCCACAUUUUGCCUCACACCCUCCCACAAUAUUCUGAGACAUACUGGAUGAUAACGGAGCUUUGAUUCAGCUGGAUUUACUACUACACUGAGAAUCUCAUGCUAGACCUGUGUUGCAUUCUGGUGAACUUUAAUUAAGGUGCUCUAUAUUCGAAAACAUUUGCUGUAUAUGUAAGCACAUGAAUGUGAAUGUCUAAUGACAGAACGUUGCUGUAAGGACUCAAACACUUCAAAAUUGAAUUUGGCAAAACCUAUGAACAUCAGUGAUGCCAGAUUGUCAACCAGUACUGUAAAAAUUUUACAAAAUGUGAGAUAUUUGACUUUACAGCACUGACGGAUUUGAUUUUAAUUUGUCUUGAGACCUUUCAGAUGAAUUUUUGAUAAAACAAGCACUAGGCAGAGAGUGGUCUCUUACACACAAAGCUUCUGAAAUGAUUUUAAUUCAAAUUUACCAGGCAUAGAUACAAAAAUGUCUGAAAUCCUCGAGUUUCCCAGUUUUCCAUCACCAUAGAAAGCCUUUUGGUUCAGACUCCUUGUAAACAGGCCAAAGUUUUGACCUGAAAAAUACAAGGUUAAGCUAAUACACCAGGCCAGUAACAGUCUACUUGAAUGAGUCCUGUGUGUAUGGAUUGUUAUGAUUGUUUAAAUAAUGCUGGAGGUGAACAUUGCAAGCCAAAGAGUGAGGAUGGAAUUUUGUUUGCUUGGCAUGGUGUUAGAAAAGGAAAUGCAGUAUGGUAGAAAAAGUUUACGUAGGGUAAGGGAUGACUUUGCUUUUCAAAAUUCAUAGUGCUUUAAAAGCAGUUAAUGCAUUGUUUAAAAAAAGUCAAAUAUUCCUAUGCACUCUUCAUACAUUAUUAUUAAAAUAUCAUUUCAGGUGAUGUGGAAUUUUGCACUUUACUACAUAAAAUUCUAUGUAAGGCCUGAAAUAUUUGAAUGUUGAAAGCUGAUUUUUAUUUUGAUACGAUUGGUUUUGUGAGGGGCCAAACUAAAACAAUUAAUACAUAAAAAUAAAGCCUGUUGA